CGAGGACAAAUGAUAAUUUAUAUCGCGGAUCAAAUAAUUCGAACAUGAUCGAUAUUCUAAAAUAUUGAGUAAAAUUUGCGGAUAAUCCUAGUAGAAGGUAAGCAUAGGAAAUGAUCUAUACAUUAUCACGAGUCAACGUGCUCCUGUCGUUUAAUGACCUCGUCUAACCUCGAAGCGAUGAUCAGAAGCAUUGAAUUUUCCAAAUUUAACAUAAAUUAAAGCGUUGCGUACGCAUAGAGUCACUUACCUUUUCCCAGACAGCACGAAAGUACACCGAAGAAGGUCCAUGUCGAAGUCAGGAAGGAAAUUCGUCGAUAAGAAAUCAAAGAUCUACCGUGUAUUUAUUACAUCACUGGUGUUUCGUUGACGAUCGAUCGAUGAUCGUCAGAUGCAAGAUUCAAGCAUGCGCCGUGAUCAUGGCAAGCUCAUACACGUCUGCAACCGUACGUACUUGUAAUUAUAAAAAAAACUAUACCGUGUAAUUUUUAUUUCUAAUUUUUAAAUUUAUAUGCCGAGCGUUAACGGUUAUCUUGAAAUAUUGAAAUAUCAUUUUGAAAUACGUGAAUAGAAAAAGAUUAAAAGAUUAUUGGUUACCACCGGACCAACGCAUCCGAACAUUUGACCGAUUUAAUUCAUAAAAACAAUCUUGACUCGUAGUGAACUUUAAUUCAGAAAAAAAUCGUUUCAAUUGAAACGGGUCAAUUCACUUCUCGUCAUUCUCUGAAAUUUUCACAUUAUCAGUUCCAGAAUUUUCGCACGAAUUUCAUUUCAAACGUUAAUUACGAAGUUUCGAUGUUUCUGUUUGCCUUCCAUAGAUCCUGCCGAUAUUAAAUUUCAUUCGUCUAAUUAAACAGGCUUAUGAAUUACCUUGCAUCGUUCCAUUUCUUCGUGAAUUACGGUAUGCUGGCAGUUAUUCCAAACAUUUCCUAUCGCGUCGAAGCUAUGCUUAGCGGAGUAACGCAAGCUGUUACAGAUAUUAGGCAACAUAACUGGCGUCUUCCGGAUAUACUAACAAAGAAAAUUCCUCCUAUAUUUAGUUGACCGUUAAAACGAGCCACAUGCCAUGGGAAAUCGAGGCGCAUGCUUCGUUACCACGGCGACCGAUUCGCUUAACCGUACACAAAGCCUGCAAAUAAACCUAGCAUCAGUCAUUUUUCCGUUCUGUUCGAAAGGGAGACACCCUAAACCUCCGAAUAAAUCGUACUCGAAACAGCUUCUCGAAGUGAUUUCAAUCUCGCAAGCAAGCGAACGUCAAUUAGUUAGUUCUCUUUCUCUAAAUUAUCGCGGCUCGAUAAAUCCAAGUUUCUUCAGGUUACCGAUCUCGGCCCCAUGUCGGUGGAGGGUGAGUUUUUCCUCUCGAUCGCAGGAUCGAUCGAGCACGGGGAGUUUUACGAUGUCAACAACGCGUACUGCAAAUACGGGUUCCACUUCGGACCGGAAUGGAGCGUAAUCGCCGGUAUCGAGGAAGGUCUGACGCAGAUGUGCAAGUGCAGCAACGAUCCUCGAAAUCUGGCAGUCUGGAACUUCCCGCUGGAAGUCACGUUCAAGAGUACCAACCCGCACGGAUGGCCUCAGUUAAUAAUAUCUGUUUACGGGUUGGACACCUUCGGCCACGAUGUCAUCAGAGGAUACGGAGUGUGUCAUUUGCCGCUGGAAACAGGUCACCACGAGAAAAGGUACUAUGAUUAUGGUCCUUGA